GUGCUGGCUGCACCUCCGAUAAUGAACUGAGUAUCUGAUGUAAAGUUUGCUUUUUUAAUGUUUAAUUGUGUGUUAUUGCCUAUGAAAUGUGGAGGUUAAAGAAAGUUUGCCAUAAAGCGGGUCGGCAUGCUGGAAGCCAGGAGGAGCUCAGGCUGAGGAGGAGAGAGAAAGAAAGAGCGCUGAGACAAGCCCGCAGAGACAGCCAGCUUGUUAGCAAGAGGCUCCUUCUUAAUGAAGAUGAAGAGCAGGACUCUAUGGAGAUAACACCUGGAGAACAGGAUGUGGUGCGCUUGCUCCAGCAGCUUCAGCACAGCGGCACAGAAAAAGAGGCCCUCUUAGGAGCCUUGAGUAAAGCUCUGCGUAGCCCAUCAGCUCAACUCACCUUCAUCAAGCUGGAGAACAGCAUGCACCUGCUGGUCAGCCUCCUCAGCGGCUCCGACGCGCGGCGCCGCCUGCUGGCUGUCCGCUGUCUCCACGAGCUGUCUCACUCCCCGCACGCCAGCGUGGCGUCCGCCUUUCUGCCCGCCACUCCCUAUCUGCUCACGUACCUGUCGGGCCAGAGCACCAAGUUUACGGAGCUGUGCCUGUACACACUGGGUAAUGUCUGCCCAGACGGUGAGGCCGUGAAAGAGAGGCUUCUGGCCCAGGGAAUCAUACCAGCCCUGGCCAGCUGUAUGCAGAACCAGAGACAUAGCCUGGCUGUGGUGGAGGCGGCAGGCUUCGCCCUCUUUCAGCUUCUGCAGACCAAAGACGCGGCGCAGAAAGUUAUCCCGAUGGUCCUGGCCUCCGACUUACCUUCACUGCUGUUAUCUGUCCUUACCCCGGACCCCGAGUUUGGUCUGGCUCCUGCUGUAGAGUGCGCCUGGUGUCUGCACUCCCUCACAUCAAGCACCGAGGAUCACAGAGUGCUGUUGGCACAAGGGGCUCUGAGGAAAUGCAGUUCCUUAUUAGUGUCACUAGGUGGAGCUGUGGGUGAUGGAAACACUGAGCAAGGUAUAGAGCUGCUCGUGUGUCCUCUACUGAGGUGUGUUGGAAACCUCCUGCCGUCCUGCCCUGUUGAAGCUCUGAGCGCUCAGCUGGGUGAUGUUCAUCUCGUGGCGCCACUGUGUCAAUUUGUCUUUGCCUUCCUGCAACCCCUGCCGGCCUUGGCCCGAGAGGCGGCCUGGGUCCUCAACAACCUCACAGCCCACUGCACUGAAUCCUGCGCCGCUCUCCUAACGUUCAACCUGGUGCCGAGACUGGUGGAGCUUCUGCCCUUUUCUCAGGGCAUUAAUACGAUGGUCCUAAGAGUUUUAGCUAAUGUUGCCCACAAGAAAAAGGAGUUCUGCACCCGGCUGGCGGAGCUCGGACUGCUGUCAGCCAUCACUGCCACCCUCAAGAUGGCCAACCAAGACAUGGUGACUCUGAGUCUGGAGCUCUUGUUCAUGAUGAUUGUUAACUCGCCACAGGUAUGCAAGGAAAUUUUUUAAUUUAUUUCGUUUUAUUUGUUUAUUUAUUUUGCUGUAACUGCGUUAAUCUGUGUUAAAUAUUCAUGUUUCAUGCAGAUAGCGGAGCAGUUUGUGAGGCAAGGUGGACUCUCAGUUUUAGAAGCCAUUCAGUACAACAGCGAAGGAGAAGUGAGGCGAAGGGCAGCCUACCUCUUGGAGCAGCACAUACUCCCCUAAAAAUAGUGGAAAUCUUUACUGGUACCCCGACCCCGCACUAAGACGUUUGAUAUAAAAUAAAGAGACAUAUCGAUAAAGGACACUGAGAAAA